CUUGUUGCCACGGCAGCCAGGAAGAAGCUGCGAAGGGAGCAGCGGGCCGUGAAAGCGAUGGGCAUCCAAAAGGGCUGAGCACAUUAUUGCAGCUUAGGCUGUCGCUAUGGGCACCGCAUCCUCAUUGGUCAGCCCGGGAGAGGUGAUUGAGGAUGGAUAUGGGGGUGAAGGUGGGGAAGCCUGUGAGAUCCCGGUGGAGGUGAAGCCCAAAGCCAGACUCCUGCGCAGCUCCUUUCGCAGGGCGCCCCGGGUGAUCGGGGCCAGUUUCAAAUCGACAGGCUCUGUGGAUCUAGAGUACGCAGCCGAGUAUGAAAGACUCCGUAAAGAGUAUGAAAUCUUCCGUGUCAGUAAAAACAACGAGAUCUCAUCGAUGCAAAAGAAGGAGGCCAAGCUGGACGAAGAGAACAAGAGGCUUAGAGCUGAGCUACAGGCUCUGCAAAAGACCUACCAGAAGAUCCUUAGAGAGAAAGAGAGUGCUCUCGAGGCAAAGUACCAGGCUAUGGAGAGGGCUGCCACUUUUGAACAUGACCGGGACAAAGUGAAACGACAGUUUAAGAUUUUUCGGGAGACGAAGGAAAAGGAGAUCCAGGAUCUCCUGCGGGCCAAGAGGGACUUGGAGGCCAAAUUGCAGCAGUUGCAGGCACAGGGUAUCCAGGUCUACGACCCAAAUGAUUCAGACUCGGAUGACAACCAAACCACUGUUACUGCUGCAGGAACACAGUGUGAGUACUGGUCUGGUGGUGUACUGGGAAGUGAGCCCUCUAUGGGUAGCAUGAUGCAGUUGCAGCAGACCUUUCGGGGCCCGGAGUUUGCACACAGUUUGAUCGAUGUGGAAGGACCCUUUGCGAAUGUGAGCAGAGAUGACUGGGAUGCCGCAGUGGCCAGUCUGCUUCAGGUCUCCCCUCAUGUGCCCCAGGCCCUGUGGAGUAACACAGUCCGCUGCUACAUGAUCUUUACCCAGGAGACCAAAGCUGAGCUGGAUAUCUUUACAAAGAAACACUCUCCUGCUUUAAGGAGAUUGUGCGAGGGUCUCGGUCAUUUCUAUCUGAAUGUGUGCUUCCCUGAGGACAACGCCGCCUCGUACACUGUGGAGCGCCGGCAGGAGAUUGAAAGAAGCUCCGUGUGCGUGCUUCUCCUCAAAUCUACUGUCACCAGCUCUGUGGUAGAAGACUGUGAGGAGGCUUUUGUGAAGAAUCCAGACGGGCAUCCUCUGGUGCUCUACCUCAGGACUGAAGACGGGCAAAGUUUGACCGGACCCACCAGGCAACUUCUAGAAAGGGUCAAUGCUGCAGACAAGGCGGCUAAGGUCAAGGUAGUGGAUCACAGCGGCUCUGCAGAGGACGGGGCUGCCCUGAUUUAUGCUCAGCUAGAGAAAGUCAUCAAACAGGAGUUGCUGGGUCUUGAAGGAGCAGAAGUAGACUCUAAGGACUCGGGGAUAGAAGAAGGCCGCGAAGAGGACUCGGGAGACGUGCUGUGGGACCUGCACGAUGAGCAGGAACAGAUCGAGUCCUACCAGCAGGCCUGCAGCAGCACCACCUCACAGUUAGGCUUCCAGAAGUAUAUAGACCGUCUGAAUGACAUGAUAGCUGCUCCCCCUCCCACCCCACCUCUGCUGGUGUCUGGUGGUCCAGGCUCAGGAAAGUCUCUCCUGCUCUCCAAAUGGAUUGAGCAGCAGCAGAAGCAGUCCCCCAACACUUUGUUCCUCUAUCAUUUUGUCGGUCGGCCACUUUCAACCAGCGCAGAGCCGGUUCUCAUCAUCAAACGCCUCACAGUCAAACUGCUGCAGCACUUCUGGUCCAUUUCUGGCCUGUCCAUGGAGCCCAGUAAAAUCUUGGAGGAGUUUCCCCGCUGGCUUGAAAGACUAUCGGCACGCCAUCAAGGAAACAUCAUCAUCAUCAUUGACUCUAUUGACCAAAUACAGCAAGCAGAAAGACACAUGAAGUGGCUGAUUGACCCUCUCCCCGUCAACGUCAGAGUGGUGGUGUCUGUCAAUGUAGAGACGUGCCCUCAGGCUUGGAGGUUGUGGCCCACACUCCACUUAGACCCCCUGAGCCCCAGAGAGGUCAGGAGCGUCGUUAAUGCUGAGUGCCAGAGCAUGGAGCUGAAACUAACAAAGGACCAGGAGAAGAAGCUGGAAAGGCACUGUCGCUCUGCAUCGACCUGCAACGCUUUGUACGUCACGCUGUUGGCUAGGAUGAUCAUCAGUACAUCAUGUUGGUCACUGGAGAAGAGCCUGGAGCAGUGUCUUCAGUGUCAGGACACAAUGUCACUGUACCGCCUGGCACUCAAGAUGACGCUGACCUCCUUGAAAACCGACAGAGAGCAACACAUCAUGAGAGAGAUUCUGUGCCUCGUCUGUGCCAGUCAUAAUGGAGUUAGUGAAUCAGAGGUGCAAGACCUUUUCCCUGAACUGGAGCUGCCUGCCCUGUCCUCUCUGCUCCACCGUCUGAACAGACUCUGCUUUGUGACCCUUCGAUGUGGGCUCAUUAGAUUUCAACACCUGCAGGCUUGGGAAUCUGUGAGGUUGGAGUUCUUGGGUGGAGGAAGCAGCUCUCCUGCCUACAGAGAGAAACUCGUACAUUACUUCAGUCAACAGCUCAGUCAGGACCGUGUGACUUGGCGCGUUGCCGACGAGCUCCCCUGGCUGUUCCAACAGCAGGAGGAUAGAACUAAACUACAGCUCAGCCUCCUGAACCUGUUUGUCUCCCAAAACCUCUACAAGAGGGGUCAUUUCUCUGAGCUGCUAGCUUAUUGGCAAUAUGUGGGCAAAGACAAAAGCUCCAUGGCCGCUGAGUACUUUGACUCCCUGAAACACUACGAGAAGAGCUGUGAGAGUGAAGACAGCAUGACCAAGCUAGCAAACCUGUACGAGACUUUGGGACGUUUCCUCAAAGACCUGGGCCUCCCCAGUCAGGCUGUUGCCCCUUUGCAAAGAUCCCUUGAAAUUAGGGAGACGGCCUUGGACCCCGACCAUCCCAGCGUAGCUCGCUCCCUGCACCAGCUGGCCGCCGUAUAUGUCCAGUGGAAGAAGUAUGGAAACGCAGAGCAGCUGUACAAGCAGGCCCUGGAGAUCAGUGAGAACGCGUACGGUGCUGAGCAUGCGAGCGUGGCACGAGAGCUGGAGUCGCUCGCCGUGCUUUAUCAGAAACAAAACAAGUAUGAACAAGCAGAGAAACUCAGGAAGACGUCGGUGAAGAUCCGUCAAAAGACUGCACGCCAGAAAGGUCAUAUGUACGGCUUCACUCUGCUGAGGCGCAGAGCCCUGCAGCUGGAGGAGCUGACCCUUGGAAAAGAUUCUGCAGACUGUGCCAAGACGCUCAACGAGCUGGGCGUCCUGUACUACCUCCAAAACAACCUGGAUGCAGCUAAGAUAUUCCUGACACGCUCUCUGGAAAUGCGUCAGCGAGUCCUCGGCCCGGAUCACCCCGACUGCGCUCAGUCCCUCAACAACCUGGCUGCGCUGCACACAGAGCGGAGGGAGUACGAGACGGCCGAGGACAUGUACGAGAGGGCGCUGGACAUCCGCAAGAAGGCCCUGUCUCCAGAUCACCCGUCUCUGGCUUACACGCUCAAACACCUGGCCAUGCUGUACAAACGCAGAGGGAAGCUGGAAAAGGCGGUGCCGCUGUAUGAGCUGUCUCUAGAAAUCAGAGAAAAGAGUUUUGGGCCCAAACACCCGAGCGUGGCCACGGCGCUGGUCAACCUGGCUGUGAUCUACUGCCAACUGAAGAAUCACAGCGACGCCUUGCCUCUGUACGAGCGAGCACUCAAAGUGUAUGAGGAUAGUCUGGGCCGCUCGCACCCGAGAGUCGGAGAGACCCUGAAGAACUUGGCCGUGCUCAGCUAUGAAGAGGGCGACUUCGAGAAGGCGGCAGAGCUUUAUAAACGCGCCAUGGAGAUAAAGGAGGCGGAGCCGUCGCUGGUGUGCGGGAACGCCCCCUCUCGCCACUCCUCCAGUGGGGACACAUUCAGUCUGAGGGGACCUGCUCCCCCACCACAUGCUCCAAGGUGACUCUGACUGACAACAUCAGAUCUGGUGCUGUUAUCAAAAAGGGAAACUAUUGUGGUCGUUGGGUUUGGUCUGUUUACUGUACCUGCAAGUUUAGUAAUGAAGUCUGUGAAACAUGGAUGUUUGCAAGUAUGGAAUCGUAUUUCAACAUAUGCAUAAGUGAGAGGAACUUUGUGAGUCCUCUUAAUGGGCCUGGAUCUCAUGUUUACACCUCUGAUAUUUAGUUCCUAUACACAUGCCUCAAAGUGGAAAGCAUUAGAUAACUCAGCAGCAUUUAUUUGCUGGCAUCAUGAAGAUUUUGCAUUUUCUAACACGUUCAAAAAUAAUCAAACACAUUGAAUCUGUCCGCUGCACAGACUACAUUACUCUAUGCACUUUUAGACUUAGGGAUACAUGACAAGAAGGAAACCUGAGGUAUUAGUUUUGUUAUUUCAAGUUUGACUUGAAAAUAUCAUCAGAAAAAAAUCUUUUAAAGUGUUUUUAAAGAUUUGAAGUAUUACGUUUGAAACAUUUCCACAACUCAGUCUGAUCAUGCUGUUGUCUUUUUUGUUGCCAAAUCCACAUCUGAUGUAUUUAAUGAAGGGUAUUAACCAAGCAGCAACCUCUGGUGUCGAAAAAAUGAAGUCGAGGCUGAAGUGUAAAAUCCUGCAGUUCCUCAAGUGUC